CAAUCACUGCUAACUGUAGUUUCCUGUCCAAUAGAAGCAGCACAUACUGUAAGUUUCAGACAAGUAGAAUGGGACUGAGGGGAGAAGCAAACCAUAACCCAUAAGGCAUAUAUACAGGCCCCAUUUUGAAAAAUUUAAACACGUUUGGCAAGGCUGUGUAUUUUGGACUUUGGCAGAAGAAGCGCUGCAGAAGGUGGGGAAACCUGCAGCGCGGACAAAGACAUUUCAGCGAGCUGCCUGCAAACUUCCCAACAUCUGGUCCGCUGGAGGACGGGGCGAGACUGCUUUGGAGGCGGAGAGAGGACUGUCUCCGCCGGAGAAAAUGCUCUGAAUCUGCAGCUUCUGUCACCUGCAUGAGACAAAAGACAGAUUUAGUGUUCGUGUGAAGGAAUCGAGCGUGGGGAGAAACAGGUCUAAAGCCAUCUUAAUAGGGCUUGAGGUCCACCUUAGGUGAUAUGAGAUGAAAUAGUCCAAAUCUCGGCUGCUCGCAGUUCCAGCCAGAGAGAAGGCGUAUUCACCUCCCUCAAGAUAAGCCAGGCCUACGCCCAUGGAUGAGGAGAGGAAUGAUGCUGCUAUCUCCCCCGAGCCACCUGAUGAUAGAGACUCUGGACUACCAACUCCAAGUUCACAGACAGCUCCAAAUACAGAGACAGAAAACAGUUGUCCAAACCCAAAGCCCUGUCCUUGUGAAGAUGUGGCCUACACCUACACUGAACCCCUCAUAUUGAGGGUAAAUGGCACUCCAGGAAAGUUGCUAGGUGAUGACGGAGACAGUUGCAAUCACAACACCAGCCUCUCACAGUCGGCGCUUACGACACCCAGCAAGAGUGUUAUAUCUCAACCGGCGGCCAGGUCCACGCCCAUUCACCACAUUCAGCCAUGUCGGUCGCAGCCCAGCAGCCAGCUGCGCGGUGGAAACAAGAGCCACGAAAACAGUCACUCCCCUCACACGCACUGUCCGCAUCAAACGCACGCACCUCAUCCGCAGGCGCUCCAGUCCAACGCCAUCAGGAACGGAGGCUCUCACCGGCAUCCCAAACUGGGCUCUCUCCCAAAAGGCGGCUCGUCCACCUCCUCGUCGUCCUCUGCAGCACCCAAACACUCCAAGAAACUGCAGUCCAACCCUUCCAUCACCUCCCAGAGCAGCAAGAGGAGCAAGAGUAGCUCCAAGAGCAACAGCUCCCAGAUUCCCACAGACGCGCAGGACGACUGCUGUGUUCACUGUAUUCUGGCCUGCCUCUUUUGUGAGUUCCUAACUCUCUGCAACAUUGUGCUGGACUGCGCCACCUGCGGCUCCUGUGCGGGAGACGACGCGUGUUUCUGUUGCUGCUGUGCGUCGGAGGAAUGUGGUGACUGUGACUUGCCGUGCGACAUGGACUGUGGCAUCAUUGAUGCCUGCUGUGAAUCUGCGGACUGCCUGGAGAUCUGCAUGGAGUGCUGCAGCCUGUGCUUCUCGUCCUGAGGCCCGUAGCCAUCGCCACCGAGUGUGCGGCCUGGUGCACAAGUCUCCACUGUGCUGUGCAGAAUGAGCAGCUGUGCGAGCGGCUAUUAUCACAAUGGAGCCCUUAGUGCCGUCUGAAUAACUGGAGUUCUCCAACCAUGAAAAACGACCUUCUAAAGGCAAAUGAGAAAGUGGCUCCAUUUAACUGGAUUUUAGUGUUUCUGUAGAUAAGAGCAGCUGCAUAAUGGGAAAAUGGACACUCAGAUCUCAGUAGAAACAUAGUCUGUCCUCCUCCUGUCCUUGGCAAGGUCAGAGAUUUCCCUUUUUUUUUUUUUUUUGCUUACAGUGGCUUUUACAAAAUACACAGCCCAAAUGGGAGAUACUGAAUCUUCUUUGUCCUUGUUACAUUGUACAAAAUAGAGAAAACAUAAAUGGUGGCUUGUGGCAAUAUUACACACAGAUUUAUUUUGUCAGUAUGCAUCUAUUCUUUAUGGAGUUAUUCAGAAAAGAAACAUGAGACUUCCAUGCAUCAGUCUAGACAUAGAACCUACUAAAUGAAUACUGUAAGUUGUGAACAUCCAAGGAUAAAUGGUUGAUAACCUCUUCUAGUCUUAACAUGUGAAGGGAGAGCUUUCUUACAGAAACAAAAAAAACUCUCCUCAUUAAAUUCUUCACAUUUUGUUUACGUUCAUAUGUCAUAAAGGACUGUAUUCAGUGAAUUGUUGAUCAUCCGUUAAAGAACGGGAAGGCAUAAUCCCUUUUUUUCCCAUUUCAUAAUUUCCUCUUUUUUCACCAUGUGAAUAAAGUGCCUCAGCGUAGCUUAAGUCCAGAAUUUUCAAGUAGGUUCCUCCACCAUACCAAAUCUCUAUUAAUCCUUGAUUUGUAGAUUUUAGUUAAGAUAUUUGCAUUUCUCCACUAAUGUGAAAAAUCACAUUUCUGUGUUAUCAGGUUUUACUGAACGUUUUCUAAAGCAGACAUUGCUCAACACCUAAUUUGAUUCCUUGAGUGAAAAUCUGAUGACAUUAUGCUAAGCUUGAUCCACGUGCUUGUAGAGUGAAUGGUACAGUUUUGAUAGCGGGCCUGCCGUCUCAUAUGCUGUGGCGCAUGCCUUCUCCAACCCAAUACCUCUUGAGAUGCCACGUAGAUCAGUUCACUUGAUACAAAUCUCAUUCCUCUGAUAAAGUUCCAUCAAAGAAGGGUUUUAUUAUUGGAAAGUCUAAAGAAUUGACUCUUUCUUGACCUUAGUUUCUAGACCUUUAAUUACCUAUAUGCAAUAGUAUUCUUGUUCUGUGACAACGCGGCCGUGUUUGAUGAAAAAAAAACUAUCUUAAGGAUUUAAAUCUUUGACUGAGAUUAAAAAUAUACUAUGGCCGUUCUCAGCUUGAGAGCUGCAAUGCAAAAAAAAAGAAGAAUACAAGAUACAUUUUGUAGCUUGUUUUUUCAAAUACGAGUCAAACUGGAUGUCUUUCAAAUUUUGGCGCACCUUCAGACUCAAUUAUGUCAAAGCCUGGAGAGCCCUGGAAGCAAUGCAAAUUUUUUUAUGUUUUAUGAAGGGAAAACUGAUUAUACAGUGUAGUGAUGUGUACAGAAUGGAUUACAAUGUUAAUUAUUUGUAUUUACAAAAACUUCCAUGUGCAAACUAUGAUUACAGUGCUUCUUAGGGUCUGUUCUCUGUCACCCGACCAGGAGUACAUUCAGAUAAAUGUCUCUGAUGUGUGCAAGUUUCUCUCAUAUGCAUGUGAAACCAAAAUAAAAACCUCGACAACACUAAUUAACAGAUGAAAAGUGAUUAGAACUAUCUUGUACCACUGGAUCAUAGUUCAGACACUUGCACGGUUUUAGAGCCAACUGCAGUACGACGUCAGACCGGUAAUGUCAGAGAGGAUUUGCAAUGACUCCAACUAAAGCGUUUACCUGUAUGUCUACAUUGAAUAUGUAUGGGUUCUUCCAGUAUUCUACGAGUUAACACACGUCUGAUCUGAUCUGUCUGUCUGACCCGUAGGCCCAACCUCAUCUUUGUGAGACUGUGGGAUCCACAGAUUCAAAAUCUCGUAGUGUAAGAAUCUGUUAAACAACACAAAAUGAAUCAUAAAUCAGUUGAAGCAACAUUUUCACAAUAUCUGAGUAUACAACCCCUAAAAAAAGAUCAAAUUUUACGUAAUUGUGGUUAAACUAAAUGAGGUAACUAGAAAACUAAGCGCUUCACCAUGAAUGAAGAACGUGUGCAGCCUGGAAACAGAAACCCCUGUUUACCUGGUCUGGUGACAGAGAACGUUGUCUGGAGGUAAAAGGUUCCUACAUGAACUCAGAUCAGUUCCUAGUGCCAUGGUCAGAUGUAUCCCUUAUUUUUGGUCAGGUUUCUUACAGUGAUACUGUAAGAAACAAGUUUCAUUUGUACGAUUUCCAUAUUCAGUAUUAUAAGUAGUUUUUGUUACAUUUACAUUGACAAUAGAAAGAUCUGUCUCUUGACAUUUAUGGAUUUAUUUUCUUAUUGUGAGUCAGAAUUUGGAUACUGAUUCUUUAAAGGGCUGGCUGCUUCUGCGUAGUCUGAAAGUUAGCACAGAUCAACUGAGUUCCUGCUAGACUGUAGUCCACUAUGAUGUAACUUGGUUUACAUCAACUCGAUUUAAUGUCAGUUUCAGUUGUUCUGGACGUUCAAUUAACAUCCCUUCAUUUCAUACUGAAUAAACAAUGUGAAC